AUGGACAGAACUCCGGUGCCAAAAUGCGGCUUGAAGUCAUGCAAGCACUUAUGCGUGAGGUUAGCUAAGGAUGCGUAUGAGUGUUUAUGCCCACAAGGUUAUUAUAUGGAUGGUGGACAAUGCAAAGGGAACGUCCUUGUUGCCGCGGAAGUUGGUAGACGAAUAGGAGAAAUCAUCCUUGUGGAUCCUAAACGCAUCAAAGAUAACAUCAGGGUACGUCUUCUGGUGGACGAACAAGGCGCUAUCAGACAUUUGGAAGUGGAUCCGGUAAAAGGGUACAUUUUCUGGUCACGAGGUUGUAUCAAACGGGCCAACUAUGAUGGGACAAACAUAUCGUGCAUAGUGAAUGUCACCACAUAUCAAUUUGUACUGGACACAGUCAAGUCACGAUUAUGUUACCUUGAGGAAGCUGGUGACAUACAUUGUGUGGACUAUGAUGGGUCGAAUAAUCAGAUUGUGGCAACCUUUCCGGUAGUAGAUGCGGUGCAGUCGGAGAUGAUGAUUGGCAAGGAAAAGCUUUAUCUUUUGUCCGGUCUGUACGAGUUUGCUGUCUUUCCAGACCUCGUCCCAAGUGCGUGCGCGCAAAAUAAUGGUGGCUGUGAACACCUAUGCGUUUCCAAUCCUGAUGCCAACCCGUCCUUUAUAUCGUACUCCUAUGGUGGCAUCAUCGAUUUUGUAAGUGUAUCGCCUAACACUACCGUACCUAGAAAAACGCUGAGAUACCCGGAUAUACCCAGGGGAAUCACAGCUGUGGAGUCCGAUGCAGAUCGUAACCAGCUGAUCUUAAUAGAUCGAUCAUCGAAUCGGAUCAUUGUCUACAGAUUUACCAAUAAUGAUUGGUAUUCUGUUGCUGAUGAAGUUGGUGAGGUCGAAGGAAUUUCUUUGGACGCGACAAAUCGUGAGCUCUACUAUACUCGAUCCACUCCACCGUCAAUUUGGAGACUUAGCAUGUCCGCCGACGACCCAGCAAGCUACCCCGUCAUUCCAACUCGGGUUGCGUUCUUGGGUCAGGGCAACAAACCCAGGGAUAUCGCAGUCCAUCCUUGCCGAAUGCUGAUUUUCUUCACGAACUCUGGGACAGUCCCAUCAAUUGAGAGGAUGUACUAUAGCGGUUAUAAAAGGGAGCGCAUAGUCGAAGACGAGAUCAUCGGUGAAAGUCGAAUAUCGAUUGAUUUUUCGGCAGAGAAAUUAUAUUUUGCUGAAAUUACAUCUGCAAAAAUCUACAGAAUGGACUUUGAUGGAAAAAACAAAGAGCUCGUGAUACCUGGCGCCCAAAAUCGGACAACUAACACGCGUCGACCCUUCGCCCUGGCUUUGUACAAUGAUUGGCUCAUCUAUGGCAAUAUUGGUUCCUAUGUCUCAACGCUUGAGCUAUCUAUAGCAGACAAGAUUGACGGGUUAGGCGGUUCUGAUCUAUGCGCGUCGCUUAAAUGUAGUGAUGAAUGUCGCCUCACAGCUCGCGGUGAGCCACAUUGCGCUUGCCGUGGCGAACGCAAGCUACAGCCGGAUAAUGUGACAUGCACUGGAAACGAGUACGCGACGAAAAACUGCGCCGAGAACGAGUUUCUCUGCAAGUUGGACGAGAAAUGUAUACCAUAUGAGGAGACUUGUGACAGAUAUCCGGAUUGUCCACAUGCAGAGGACGAAGAUGUCGAUAUGUGCAGUAAGUUAGGCAUUCUUCAAGGGAUCCAACUGUGUAAAUAG